CUUCAAGGGCUUCCAUUCCAAAUCCAUCAUGGCCGACACUACAGAGUACAGACAUUUUCUAGCAUUCAAAGAGUAACAUCAUAGCACGCUAUCAGAAAGAUUUCCUUGAUACAAAUUAGUGUUCUUCCCAAUCGUACCCACUUUUAAAAUUAUUCAGAGAAUCUGGUUCGACCAAUCAACAAUUUAAAAUCGGAAUACAAAUCCUGGUUUUUGUGAUUUAACGUUUUUCAAUCGACAUUCAUCGACAUUUCAAAAAGGAAUGGCUGUAUCACAGAAAGUUUCGAACGUUAUCAUACCAAUUGCGGACAAAAAAUUGGCUUCCGUUUCCAUGUCUCACCUUGUUGAUUGUGGUUAUUUCUGCAAAGACUUGAUUGUUGAUGUAUUUGUUGCUGUGGAACCGUGGCAUUCUCAGAAGUACAGCACUAUUUUGGGACAAAACAAAACCUUCCAUUAAAUUGAUAAGAUAUUUCCAUGGAUUACAUUAGAGGCCCUGAUGCCCGUUUCAGGGUUCCAUCAUUCAAUGGAUGUGUGAAAUCAGCCUCCAGUAGGCCUAACAGAAUGUUGUCUCUAAACAACUAUGGGUUUGAUGACUUAACAUUUCAUGUGAAAAAAGGAUUGGAUCCUGGUACAAAGCUCUUUCAGGCUCCACCUUUUGUUGUUGGCGGUUUUGUUGGCAGCAAAAGUUGUGAACAAAAAAGUAUAUGUAUAUCGUUUAAUUUCAAGGAUAUGUUUGAAAGUUUAAUGGACACAGUGAUACCUAAUGUCAAAUCAUCUAAUCAUACUCAAACUAAACUAUUUGGUGAAAAGUAUUGUCAGAAACAGACAGUGACUAUUCCUAAUAGUUGUGCGAAAACGAAAACAUCGCCAAGUAAAAGUGAAUAUCUACCACCAAACGUAGUGAUAUCGUCCCCCGCAGUGACGCAAGCCGUAUCUGUUUCAUCACCUACUAUGCCGAAUCAGCAAGAAAAUCAACUGAGUCCUGCCCCUUGCCGGACCGUUAGUGAAAGCUCGGAAAGCAGUUGGGCUAGUGUGAGUCCGGAAGCGAAUCAAGAUGUGCUCUUAUCUAAUCCAUGGCUGAGAAACAUUGUGGUUUGUGUUGGCGACAGCGACGAUUCUGAUGAAUCUGACUCAGAUUGGGACUGCGUCGAGGAUUUCCAAAGCGAAAACGGCGAAGUUAUUAGUGACUUUAAAUGGAACGGUGAUUCACUAUCUCCAAUUUCGUCACCCGUUAGUCAGACGCCCCCAGUGCCUGCUGCUGCCUUGGACGACUACGACAGCGACGAGAGUGAUGGUGUGUUGAUCUCUUGCGGAAGCGGGUACGUUUUUGACGAUGAGGAGGAAGCCAGAGAACGCAAACUGUCUGAGGAGCGUAUCCAGGAUGCUAAUCGCAGAUGGGAUCGAAAUUUGUCGACAGCUGUCGACGAAACGGACGGAAUUCGGAAAACCAGUCGAUCCAAGCAGGUUCAUUUCCCUGUCGAUAGCAAACUCACUCGCAUCCGUCCAAUGCUCACCUGGACCCACGCUCAUCGAGCUGCCCGUAAAGGGGAUUGGGAGAGGUUUGCUCGUGAUGCAGACCGAUUCCGGGAAAGAAUUGACUCUACUGCUGCCAUUCUAGCCCCUAUUCUCGAUCCAUCGCAUCGCGAUCGUGUUCGCCGGAGAAACCUAAAAUACGAUGCCGAUCAUUCAGACGCGAGCCAUUUGAAAUGAAUGUUGGCGUUGUAAGGUAUCUCCCGAUGCUGCACAUAUAUCUAAUAUUAAAACUCGAACAGCAAUUGUACAUUUCUUAUUUCCUUUACGAAAAAUUGAAAUAUGCAAUUCUUGUAUUAUUAUGUGUAGGACCAUUUUUGGAAUUUGAUUCCAACCCCAUUCAGAUUCCUAAUGUUUCUACGCAUCUUGAAAACCCCGCACUCUUAUGAAACAAACUAAACAUGUUAUGGAAUUUCUUCACCUUCCGAAUUUAGCUUCUGUAAUAGAGAAAAAGAAAAAAACAAGUAUCAGAAAAAAAAAAUACGAAAAAACCUGUAUUUAUUUCAAAUGUUUUCCAUUUGGGUCAAAUCAUCUAAACCUUGACCUUAAUGAUUCUCCUUUUUCUAGAUUUGUGAUUCCCAAGUGAUUUGUCAAAAGGUCUGUCGAUUUCAAAAUUUGAAACUUGUUUGGAAUGAAGACCCAUGAGAGGGAGGCGGUUCCUUUUAGAUUGGACCGUUAUUGACAAAAAAAAAAAAGAGAAGAAAACAGUUAUUCCCAUUUUGGUCGUUUGUUCUGGUGUUCUUCUCUCACUCUUUUUAUUUCUUAUCCAACCCCAGACAGAUGGUUUUUGAAUGCAUUUCUAGCAUGAGGGGAAUUACGUACGAAGAAGUGCACGCACCUGACGCCAAAACUACUUCUCAAGGUUUUUAGUGUUUUUUGCUCCCUCUUCAUUACGCGUCGUUUUAACGGCACGCAGGAAGGUGCCGAGUGAGUUCUGGUUGGGAGGACUAGGGAAAAAGAGCCGCUAGUGUGGAUGCGUGCCCACCUGAGGCCACUCGACUACUGCCUAGGUACGGAGAGAAAAGAGCGGGCCGUGUGUUAGAGGUUCAGUCUUGUCUCGCCAGUCGUUCUCGAUGGCCGUGUAUCGAAACAGCUGAAGAAAAAUCAUCGAAAGAGAGGGAAGCUCACCGGUUCAUCUGGUUGAUGCCCUCCGCUCUUUCUCUCACCCUACACCCUAUAUCCCCAAGAACGACAAGGACGUCCUCUCAUCACUUUUUAUAUAUGUAUCGGAUUAUUCGACGGCUUUCUUGGGUGUGUGUGUGUACCUGUGUACGGCGAUUCUUCGUUGCUCUGUGAAUGGUUCUACUCGGAUUUAUUUGGGCCAUAUGGUCCGGAUUACAGGUUACUUUUUUAGCGUUACGUGGCCAAGUCAACCCAGCUACCAGCAUUUUUUUCGUUCCUGAUUCUGAUGGCUGGGUCUAUUAUCCUGCCGUGAUGGAUGACCCAUCAAUGGAUCUUCGACCCUCACUCACUCGACGCAACAUUCGCUUUUUCCUCUGGACCAGACAAAAUGCACACGUGGCCCGCGAGCUCUUUGUCGACGAGCCUCGGCUCCUCCAACUGUCCACUUAUUCGCCGGCCAGGUACACCAAGAUACUCUUCCACGGGUUUACUAACGACGUUGUGUCGGAGUUUGUCAUCCAGACGCGCAACGCGUACCUGUCAGUUGGGGACUACAACGUCAUUGGGGUGGAUUGGAGUGAAUUGGCCCGAGCUCCGUUCUACAACUCUGCAGCAACUAACACACGUGACGUUGGCAAAGCAGCUGCCGGUCUGGUGGAUUUCCUCGUUAAAGAAGGGACGCCCAUCAACUACAUUCACUUGCUGGGAUUCAGUCUGGGUGCUCACGCUGCCGGAUGGGCUGGAGCAAGUCUCAAAGUCGGUACACUGCCGCGAAUAACUGCGUUUGAUCCGGCGUACCCUGGAUUCGAUGGGCCUAAUGCCCGACGUCGGUUGACCAAGUCGGACGCCAAAUUUGUCGACGUCAUUCACACGAACGCUCGCACCGGCCUCAGUAAUGCGGUCGGCAUUGAAACGCCUUUGGGACACGCCGAUUUCUAUCCCAACGGUGGCUCCCGGAUGCCUGGUUGUAUCGGUUUCUCUUUUCAAACAAACAAAUGCAGUCACGUGCGAUCCAGGCAGUACUUUGUGGAAUCGAUCGUCCAGCCAUACGCUUUCGCUGCAGUACCUUGCUCGUCGUACAAAGAAUUUUUGAAGGGAAGUUGCGGUAAUUGCAGCACCAAUUCCACGACGAAAUGUGUCUACAUGGGUGAAUAUCUCACAACAAGUGCUUCCGGGUUGUAUUAUCUAAGGACGCGGUCCUUUCGGCCUUACUCGCUGGACUAACGCAGCCCAUGAGAGGAGAGACGACGAACGGUUUUUUUUCCCCUUUUUUUUCCUAUUAUUUCAUUUUUUUUCCCGUUUACACUUUCACACAUUCACGCAUUUUGUUAUUCUAGUCAUUGACCAUGUUAGUAAUCUCUCUUCUUUUUUUCCUAUUUUUAUCUUUUUUUUUUUCUUUCACCGCUGUCAUCCGAGCAGAAAGCAUUCGGUGACGUAGUGGGGGGCCGUUUGCGCACGUCUGCGUUUCGUUUGCUACUUUUUUUUUUCUACUCAUCUUUUCUUUCUCCCGCAAGUGAAGUGUUCGUUUUUUUUCCGAAUCCAUUCAGGGCUCCCGUUUUGCCAUGUCGACGACUGCUCUCCGCACUCUCUAUUUUUAAAAGAAAAUCUUUACAGACCCGUUCAUUUUUUUAUGAUCGUGUUUUUUAACAAAUUGACGAAAUGACUAUGCAAUCUAUUCGAGUGCGACAGUUCUUUCCUCUCUCUUGAAACGUGUCACGAUUUUUCUGCCACUUGAUGUUUUUUUUUUUCCAUCUUCAAAAGUGUCCAUAAAUAAAAAUGCCAAUCGAGGCCAGUUGCAAAAAAAGAAAAGAAAAUCGCGUGCGUGACUCGAGAAAUUUUAGGAAAUCCCACGAGACUUGCGUCAUAGUUGGAAUUAAGAUCGGGUCAAGCCGUCAACGAAAAUCCAGAUGUAUACGUACGUACAACUCUCGUCAAAGGUAC